UGCGAAUGCGUGCUCUCAUGAUCCCUUUCUCCCAUCCUCUCUCUCAAGAUAUCUCAUUACCUCUGCCUCUCAUCAAAAAAGACCUCAAAUCGCUUCAUAUCUGUUGACAUCAUGGCCGUGAUGCCAUCCCCCGCAAAUCUCCAAGCAAGGGAAGAUAAGCCGCAACCGACAUCAAUCCCAUCUCUGCCGUUGUUCCUUCAAGCGAAGAAGUUUGUCGAGUCCAAUCCGGAGAAGAUCGCAGUCAUCGAUGCCAGCAAAGGGCAGCGGUUUACUUUCCGUCAGCUGCUUGCUGAUACGGCCGCGUUGAAGGAGGUCAUUCUUCAGCAAUUGGGCUUGGAGGAUACAGCAGAUUUGGAAGAAAGACGCAUCGCAUUCCUUACCCCGAAUGGAUAUGAUUAUGUCGUCACGCAAUGGGCCGUCUGGGCUGCGGGCGGCGUCUGUGUGCCGCUCUGCACAACACACCCUGCCAAAGAGCUGCUGUACACCAUUGACGAUUCGGACCCAUCGUUGAUCAUCCUACACCCAUCGUUUGAGAAGUUCGAGACACCCCUCCGUGAGGGAAUCACCAAAGACAUUUCCUUUAUGGCAUUGAAGCCAUUUGCCGAAAAUGAAAAUGUCUCAAGCCUUCUAUUGCCCACAUUCAGUUCGUCCUGCCCUCUGGAUCAACGGGCGUUGAUGAUAUACACCUCCGGUACAACCUCAAGCCCCAAGGGUUGCGUCACAACACACAGGAACAUCACCUUCCAAGCCGACUGUCUUAUUGAGGCCUGGAAGUACACUUCCUCCGACCAGCUUAUCCACGUUCUGCCCCUGCACCACGUCCACGGCAUUAUCAACGGUCUGACAGCCAGUUUCCUCAGCGGAGUCACCGUCGAGAUGCAUCCCAAAUUCGACCCCAAGGUCAUCUGGGAGAGAUGGCAAGAUCAGGGCUCCUCGACCAUGUUCAUGGCUGUCCCGACCAUCUACUCGCGACUGGUGGACUACUUUGACACCAACAUCCGCGGCACAGAAAGCGAAACUGCCGCUCGCAGUGGUGCCAAGGCACUGCGCCUUAUUGUCAGCGGCUCCGCGGCCCUUCCCACACCGAUCAAGACUAAAUUCGCCGAAAUCACCGGUCAGGUUCUCUUGGAGCGCUACGGUAUGACCGAGAUCGGUAUGGCGCUCAGCUGUGGAUUGGAAGUCGAGAAGCGAAUCGACGGAAGCGUUGGCUGGCCACUUCCCGGUGUGCAGGUUCGAUUGACCGAUAAAGAAACGGGCCGUGUUAUUGAAUCUAUCGACGAGGACGGCAUGAUCGAGAUCAAGGGCGACAAUGUCUUUUACGAAUACUGGAGACGUCCAGAGGCUACGGCUAAAGAGUUCACCGCGGAUAAAUGGUUCAAGACCGGUGAUGUUGCUAAACGGGACGCGAGCGGCGCGUAUUUCAUCCAGGGCCGUGCAUCUGUCGACCUGAUCAAGUCAGGUGGGUACAAGAUCUCAGCUUUGGAGGUAGAACGCAAAAUGCUCGGUCUGGAUGCCAUCCAGGAAGUUGCCGUCGUCGGCCUAGCAGACGAAGAAUGGGGACAGCGUGUAGCUGCAGUGAUCAAGCAGCGCCCCGGAACCGAACCCCUGGAACUCCAAACCCUCCGCACAGAACUGAAGCAAGAAAUGGCCCCGUACAAGAUCCCCACGAUUAUCAAGAUCGUGGACGGUAUCGAGCGCAACGCCAUGGGCAAGGUCAACAAGAAGACCAUCGUACUGAAACACUGGCCUGGGAAGGCGUAA